GGACGAUGCGUUCUUCAAGGUCUCAAAAAAGGUUGGGCAUUGCCUGCCACGGCGGUGCAUAGCGUUUCCGCGUCUCCUCUGAUACCGCCUCUUCCCGUCUCCGACGGCGCUCCCUCGCUCUUCCCUGAUACCGUGGAGAAAGAGGCCUGGUUUUCGAUGCUCGUGUAGUUCGAGAAGCGGAAGAUCUGAGAGGACUCUGCAGGCGCCGCGGCAUGGAUGUUGUGUGCGAGGAGUGUGGAGAUGCUGGCUUCAGAGAACUUUUGCUGCGCUGCAGCAAAUGCAAGAACGCUGCAAGGCAUGGAUAUUGCUUGGAUGCGGUAAUCUUUGAUUUGGCAGUGGAGUGGUUGUGCAGUGGUUGUAUCCCAAAACACAAUGAAGCCAUUAAAUCAUUAGAAGAGGUGUCUAAUCAAAGGCAACUUAGUAACGCCCAGGUGGGUUGCUCUAUGAUUAGUGAACCAACUGUGGACAACGAGAAGUUAAUUAAGGCCCGAGGACUUUGUACAACUAGACCACACCAGAAAAGAAAUGAUCGUGUGGAUGGAAGUACUAAACAUUUCCCGAGUGGAGACGCAUCCAAUCGGGGACAAUGUACAGACAAGCCACACAACGAAACAAGAGAUGGUAGUGAUGCAACCAUUGCACAAUUUUGUAGUGGAGACGCAUUAGAUUCGUGUGAAGUCUUCGUCGGGGAUACACCCAACCACAAAAAUUGUGAGAAGGAAGGGGAGGAUAGAAAUGGACACUUAACUUGGGCCGUGGAGACUUCUGAUGGUUCAAGUGAUCCGCCUUUGGAUCAUGUUUUAGAAUUUGAACUCAAUAAUUCGGAAAAGGCAAUGGAUGGUAAUAAACUUGUUUCUAAUUCCGUGGACUGUACCGAUCUCUCAAGUGUAAGGAGUGGCUACUCUGCUUCAUUGAAGUGUGUGGAGGGUCUGGAGCAAGUGGGUUUGUCAGUGAACGGGGAGAAAUCUGAACCAGUGAAGGCAGAUAAAGGAUUGGAGAAGAGUGUUGUGGCAUCAAAGUUUGCACCAAAUUGUUCAAAGCUGAUCCAAGGAUCAGAUCUGAAGACAGGGAGUGCACAUGUCUUGAAUCCUCUAAAGCAAAGUUUGGGUUCCUGGUCAAUGGUACCCAUGCGAUCAAGUCCCUCAAAUGAACUAGAAGACGUGGCUGUUCAGAAAAAUAGUGCUGAAAGAACAAGGUGCUUGGUGGAUGAGGAAACCAACACGCCUUCAAUGGAGAAUCUCAUUGUAUUACAACCCUCUAUGACAAAUGAAUUCUUGGUUUCCGAUGAAGGCGACUCGGAUAAAGCAAGUAGAAUAUCAGAUGAGGUUUUAUUGAGCACCAAAGGCAAGAGGAUGCCAAGGCGAAUGAGUGGUGACACAGAGAUAGAUAGCUCCUACAAGGUAAAUGGAAUUUCAAAUCUUGAGUCAGCAAAGGGUGACCUGGAUGCAAGAAACCUCCAACGUAAUGCAGGACAACCGUCAUCUCUUGAUGUCAAAAAGGCGGUAUUACAAGGAGCCAUUAAUAGCGAGUUAUUAUCUUCCAAGUUUGUUGGUCCAUGCGAGUCAACAAAAAUUAACCCUAGAAAGCGUAAACAAGCAGAAAUCUAUACUCCAGAUGGAUCGAAAUAUCGGAAAACUACUAUUACAAAUAAGAACGAAAUUGCUAAUGAUGCACAGUCAAAAUGUGGUAGACCUGCACUAGCAACAUCAUUGAGAGAUGGUCAGAACAUGCCCAGGGAAGACAAUGGUGGGAAUGAUAAAGUUAUUGGGCACUCCAAGAAGAGAAAAUAUAAGAAAAUGGACACACGGCCCCUUGAUAAACCUUAUUGGACUGGAAUCAUGAAGAUUGACAAGAACUAUAUUCCAUUGGCUGCACACCUGUCAACCAAAUCAUGCAAGAAGGUGCAGGAACAGUCAACAUCAUUGCCACCAAUAAUAAAAGUAACCAAAGUUUCUACAUCGAAAACAUGUCUGAAACACUUGGAGGCAUCGAUGACCUCAGCUGACAGUAUUGGCUUGUAUUUCUUUUCAAGUGAUAUGAGGCCAAAUAAAGAGCUGGAUCAGCUAGUGAAGCAUGUCGCUGAUAGUGGUAUCGUUCUAGAAGCUAUUGUUGGUUUGGCCAAGCUGUUUAUCGUCCCUUCUUUGAUCCUACCAGAGGAAUAUCAGACGUUCCAGGGGAAACCCUAUUUGUGGGGAGUGUGCCAAGAAAAGAUAAAGAUCAAAAGAUUAGCUCCAGUGGAACAAAUAUUGUACAACACAACGUUUAAGGGUGAUCAUGUCCAAGAACAGCAUGUCUUGGGCCAGCAAAACAAGGCGCAAGACGACACCCUGGACCAAGUUGUGCAUCCCGAGAAUCAAUGCUUGCUAGAUGCAAACCAAGAAGUAGGAGAGGAAACGUUGUCUGGUAAUGGUCGACUUCCCUUAGUUGACAUGGGAGACGGAGUUUCUGCAAAUAUCAGCCCAGCUGAUCAUGGACAGCCCUGCUCAAAUCCAGAAGCUCCGUCACUCAAACUCUGUGGCCUUGUUGUGUCACGGACACCAAGAUCCGCGCAACUCAUCCAGGAGAUGCAGAAGGAAGGCGCAUUACUGUUUGCUGUGCAGCAGGUGAUGGCAGAGCCUGGGUCACUGGCGAAGGGUCAGAACAUGUCCACCGCAAUCACGCUGUCGUCUGUAAUGAGCAUAACCUGAAUUAUGGUGGUUACGCUUACGCCGCCGAACAGUGGUCUCUCUUAGUGUAGAAAAUGAGCUCUUAGCUUUAGUGCUCGUUGUGCCCCAGCCUUCUAUCGUUCUAUGUAUAUCUUUGUAUCUGUUCGCUAUGUAUACCAAACUGCGGUGGUCUUCGACUCGGUAGGGUGUAUUGCCUGAAGCAGUAUUUCUGUCUGGUUAUACUACCUUCAGGUCUAUGACUUAGCUUACUUUGGUAGUUUGGUGUAGGGCUAGCUGUGAGGUCAGGUGAAAGAUUAUACUGUAUAAGCAUUGUCCCUGUACUAGAUAGGAAUAUGAUCAUUUGCAGAACUUCUCUUUAAAAUUUGAUUAUUUGCCACAUUGACUGCCACAUGUUAGUGACACAUGGGGUGGCAAAUAAUCAAAAACUGCCACCGGUUUAUCGUUUA